AGUGAGUUCAAGGGCACGGGGAAAAAUUUGUAAACAUGACAACAAGAAUGUGAUAUUUACAUUAUAGAAUUCCAGAAAACACGAAUUAUCCAAUAAGUUUGGACAUAGGAGACAAUAUAAGUAUGGACACAUUUACUGGUAAUGUACAUACAACAGACUGGCAGCUAUCAAAAGAUAAUGUUUCAGAGAGGAUUCGUAUGUUGCACAGCACUUCGCAGUGGAGUGACUGUUCUUUCAAAGUGGGUUCACAAACUCAGUCACAGGUUUUUAGAGCACACAAGCUGAUAUUAGCAGCUUCCAGUCCUGUGUUCGAAGCCAUGUGUUAUGGACCUCUGGCUGAGGAAGCAUGUGUGAAGAUCCCUGAUGUGGAGCCAGAAGUCUUCAGAAUUUUACUUGAGUACAUUUACACUGAUGUGGCAAAUAUUUCAUCAGUAGAUGAAGCAGCUGGAGUUUUGUAUGCAGCAAAAAAAUAUAUGUUACCUCAUCUUUGUCAUACUUGUCACAAUUACAUAAUAGAUAAUUUACGCCCUAGUAAUGCAAUGAGUAUUUUUGAAUUUGCAAAUGAAAUAAAUGAGGAGCAGCUUCUGGAGCCAUGUAUCAAGGUGAUGUGUGGGCAUACCAAAGAAGUUCUGAAAUCUGUGGAUGGUCAUAUGUCUUCGCAUACACUUAAUGUACUCUUGAGCCAGCACAAAUUAAAUAUUAGUGAAACGGAACUGUUUGAAACAUGCAUUCAAUGGGCUGAAGUUCAGUGUUCAGAGAAGGGAUUAGAAAGAACUCCUGAAAAUAUGCGUGCAAUUUUGAUGAAAGCUGGUGCACUUUCCAAAAUACGAUUUCUGUCUCUCACUGUACAGGAAUUUGCAGAAGGCCCAGAGUCAUCAGGCAUUUUAACUCCAGAAGAAAUAGCUGUUUUAAAAGCAGUUAUUUUGGAAAAACAUGGUGACCUUAUUCCAUUACCAGAAGGAAUGUGCAGUGUUCCAUAUUCACGAGAUAAGAUAGCAAUAAAACAGUUUUAUUGUGCUCGUAAGUUUUUAAAGACAGCUGUUACAAUUUCUGGGCACAUUAGACUUCUAACCAAAGUACUUGUUGAUAAAUAUGUGAAAGUGAGUGGAAUAAGAGUUUUCACUAGGCUUGUGCCUCAGAGUGAGUUCAACUUGGCUCAUGGGUUGCCUCGUGAGUACCGUGAAAACUUGGAUGUGUCUGUACUUGACCAACAUGGAACUGUACUCAGUAGGACUCUUUUUACCGAUGUUGUAGAAUACAAUACAUUGUCAACGGUAAAUUUUGAAGAACCAAUCGUAUUCAGCAGUAACAAAGAAUAUAGUAUAUUAAUGGUGCUACCUUGUCUGAGAGGAGAUGUUCAUGAGUAUCCACUGAGUUUCAUGUCACAGACUGAAAAGAGUCGAGGUAUUGAGUUCAGAUUUUUUGAUCAUGCUGAUAUUGAUGGCAAUGGUACCUUUGUAAGAAGGUUAGAUAUGGGAUUUGUAGAUGCAAUUGUUUAUUCAGUUUGAUACUCCACAGCUUUCUUCUUCAGUUGGGUGU